AUGGAAUACUGCUUGACACAAGCUUGUGCUGCAGUAUUAAGUGGAGAAACAACCGGAUUAAUUUACACACAUCUUUUGAAAACACUUUUAACAGCCGAAUGUUGUUUAAACACGGGGAAUUUGUACCCACCAGACAGAACUUCAGAUGUCCUUAACCAAAAUCCCGAAUUUGACUUUAUAAUAAUAGGUGCUGGAACGGCAGGCUCAGCUUUAGCGAGUAGACUAUCAGAAAUUAAAAAAUGGAAUAUUCUUUUGGUAGAGGAGGGAGACAAUCCUUCUUUAAGUAGCAGAAUACCCGGACUUUGGAGAACUUUGUUACAUUUUGAGGAGGAUCACGCCUACUUAACCGAGCAAAAUGAAAAUUAUUGCCUUGGACAAAAAACAAAAGAUGUCUCUGGUCAAAAGGCAAAGCACUUGGUAGAAGCUCGGCUAUGA